AUGGCUGACGAAGGAGCUCUGGCAAAUGGCUAUCAAAUGCUGGAGGAACUGGGGAGUGGCAGCUUUGGGACAGUGUAUAAAGCCAUCGAAAAGGAUACCGGAGAAAUCGUAGCCAUAAAACACAUCGAUCUCGAAUCUAGCGAAGAUGAUAUCCAAGAAAUUCAACAGGAGAUUUCAGUGCUCGCAACAUGCGCAAGCCCUUACGUGACACAAUAUCGGACAAGUUUCCUCAGAGGUUACAAACUGUGGAUUGUAAUGGAGUAUCUGGGUGGAGGGUCUUGUUUGGAUCUGCUUAAACCUGGGGUAUUCAACGAGGCACAUAUCGCUAUCAUCUGUCAACAAUUACUAUUAGGAUUGGAUUAUCUUCACCAAGAGGGAAAAAUACACCGAGACGUCAAAGCCGCCAAUGUUCUUUUGUCUCAAUCUGGCAAAGUGAAACUGGCGGAUUUUGGUGUUGCGGCCCAACUAACGAACAUUAAAUCACAGCGCAAUACCUUCGUAGGCACCCCUUUCUGGAUGGCCCCAGAAGUAAUCCAGCAGUCAGGAUACGAUUUCAAAGCGGAUAUCUGGUCGUUGGGCAUUACGGCAAUAGAAAUGGCUCAAGGGGAACCACCAAAUGCUAGUACACACCCAAUGAAGGCUCUCUUUUUGAUUCCGAAGGCGCCUGCUCCCAGACUGGAAGGGAGUAAUUACAGCCAAAAUUUUAAGGAUUUUGUGGCUCAGUGCUUGAUUAAGGAUCCCAAUAGGCGAGCGACGGCUAAAGAGCUUCUACGACACAAGUUUAUUCGCAAUGCAGGUAAAAUCGAGGCCUUGCAGGAGUUAAUUCAACGUCGGCAAGAAUGGGAGGCAAGCAAAGGCACAUUAGACAACAUAAGAUACUAUGAGGAGUCUAUGGCUACGAUUAAUCACAAAGAGGAUGAAGAUGGAUGGGUAUUUGACACUGUGAAGCCUGGGACCGUGUCCACUUCGCGCGACACACAAAAACGACUGAAGAUAACCGACCUACCAUUAGAGGAAGAGGAAAAUCUGGAAGAGCCUGUGGAGAUGCUGAAGAAAAUGGAACUUACAAGCCCAUCAUCCAGUGCCUCAAAUUCCAACAAACCAGUGGCCAACUCCACUGUACGGCGGUCGGCACCAUCUGGAGAGCAUUCCCCCUCCGUUAGGGGACUCAAUACGAAGCGGCUAUCCAGUGGAGUAAAGCAACCACUUGGGUUAAAUUUGAGCUUUGGAAACAGCCCCUCUACAGUUAGGCAAUUUCGGCGAGUAUCAGACAAACAAGCGGACUCGCUGAAUGAAAAUGCUGGAUAUCUCCCCGGAAUGGAUGAGAAUUCGGCUCCAAAGAAAUUAGUUUUGGAACCAAGUAGCAAAGAAGCUACCCUGGGCCGUCGAAUAUAUAGCAAAUCCAUUGGACUUUCCUGCCAGGAGGUCCUUUCAACGACAUGGGGCCAGGAGAAGAGAGAGGCGAUAUCUCGACUCGCCGAAGCGUGGAGCGAUCUGGAAAUGAUUGACCCGGAGGGACUGUACCAUAUUGUGAAAUUGUCUUGUGAUAAAAUGCAAGGUGACCCUAAACUUUCCACUCUCAUGGCCAAACCAACAGCUCAAUUCCCUCAAAAACCAAAGCUGGUUCUUGCGCAAAACAACCCUCAUCUGAAAAGCCAUCGACGGCGGCAAUCGGAGCAGACCCAUGCUAACGAAAAUUGGUCUGGAGCGGGCUUGAACUUGCCGGGACAGCGUGUUUUCGGAAUGGAGCAUACCGCACAACUUGCAGAUGUUCUCUAUGAUCGAUGGACAGCCGGACUUCGCAAUCGAUGGCGAGCUGUAUAG